AUGACAGAGACGAAACAACAAGACAAUUGGUCAUCCAAGGAAUACCAAAAUGCAGCUUCUUUCGUCCCCAAGUUGGCUGUGGAGAUAAUGAAAUGGCUUAAUCCUCAGAAAGACGAUGAGAUACUCGACAUUGGAUGUGGUGACGGCGUCCUAGACAUACAGAUUGCCCAAAUAGUGGCCCAGGGUCGUGGACGCCUUCACGGGAUUGACAGUUCCGCCUCAAUGAUCGGAACAGCCAUGGAGGCUGCUUCAGAUGCUGGCCUCAAAAAUUGCACAUUCGAAGUGUGCGACGCCACGGAUCUGGUCAACAAGCCCGAACUUCAAGGGGGCACCUUUAACAAAGUCUUUUCCAACGCGGCAAUGCAUUGGAUCCUCCGACCGGAGGACAAACGCGAGCAGUUCUUUGUCGGAGUGAAAAACGCCUUGGUUCCGGGAGGCACGUUUGCCUUUGAGAUGGGCGGCCUGGGAAACGUGUCAGAGCUCAAAGCCGGGAUAUUCAGUGCGGUGGGCCGUCGGAUUGGCCUCGCCCGCGCCGUCGAAGCGAGCCCUUGGUUCUUCCCGGACGAAGACUGGAUGCGGCAAAUGAUGGAAAACACAGUGGGAGGGUGGACGAUUGAAAGAAUGGAGCGCGUCUGGAGGCCGACGACGGCCGACGCGGGUGGUGUGGAUGCGUGGAUCCGGCUAAUGGCGAAGCAGUUUUUCGAUGCGGUGCAAGAGGAUCAGAGAGAAGAAUGCAUCCGCGAGGUGGUUGAAGUUCUUGAAAAAGUGUGCGCCAAACCUGGCGGUGGUUACAUGUUUAGCUACGUGCGACUGAGAGUUCUGGCGAGAAAGCUGUAG